UUACAGUAGCGAGAGAGCUCAUGGCUACAAUGAAGCUGAAAAAAAUUAUACUGGCGAUAUGAAUUAGCUGAUGAUUUAGAUGGGGGCAAAGUCGAACCAAGGAGGCAGGCGAAUUUGAUAUAAUCCUACAGGAGGAAGGGCAGUUCGCUGAAACCCUGGUGUGUGUGUGUGCCAACGCACAAGUAAAAGCCAGAGAGCGGUGGAAGGCUUUACUAAGCCGAUCAAGGCGGAAUUGUAGACUACAAAACGGGUUCCACGUCCGGUGUAAUACGCACAUUAUUGUGAUUGUGGGGGACGUGAAACAAGGAUGAUGCGCCUGGCCUGCUGCACUGUCCUGCUCUUUGUGUUCCGUCUCCUGGUGGGCCUGCCCUGGUUCCAAGUCCUCCCCUCCAUCCUCAUCUUCUACCUGGGCUCUGGAGGUUGGAAGUUCAUAUACAUUUUUGCCAAGACCAUCGGCAGAGACGUACAUGCAGCGGGCGUCCUCAUCAAGGUGAAAUGGAACGUCAAGCGUCACCUGCGGGAACGAAAUACCCUCCCGAAGAUCUUCGCGGAGACCGUGCGUCGCCACGGGGACAAGACAGCGCUCAUCUUUGAAGGCACCGGCGAGAAGUGGUCCUUCCGGCAGCUGGACGAGUACUCCAACCGCGUGGCCAACCUGCUGCUCCAGAAAGGCUUCGUGGAAGGGGAUGUGGUGGCUCUCUUCAUGGAGAGCCGGUCCCAGUACGUGGGCCUCUGGCUGGGCAUGGCCAAGAUUGGUGUGGAGGCGGCCCUGAUCAACUUCAACCUGAGGCUGGAGGCCUUGGUGCACUGUGUCACCAUUUCCAACGCCAAGGCUGUGGUGUUCGGCAGCGAGCUGACCGAGGCCAUGUGUGAGGUACACAGUUCAAUGGGGAAGACAGUGCAGAUGCUGUGUUCAGGGGACUGGGACCCCAAACGUGUUCCUGUGGGGACAGAGUGCCUGGAGCCUCUUCUAGACGCGGCCCCCACCCACCUGCCCAGCCGUCCAGACCGCUGCUUCACAGAUCGUCUGUUCUACAUCUACACAUCUGGGACCACUGGGAUGCCCAAAGCUGCCAUCGUGGUUCACAGCAGGUACUACCGCAUGGCAGCGUUGGUAUACUAUGGCUUCGGGAUGACGUCUGAUGACGUGAUGUACGAUUGCCUUCCACUCUACCACUCUGCAGGUAACAUAGUCGGAGUGGGGCAGUGCCUGAUCCAUGGCAUGACAGUGGUCAUCAAGAAGAAGUUCUCUGCCUCCCGGUUCUGGGAUGACUGUGCCAAGUACAACUGCACGAUUGUCCAGUACAUCGGGGAGAUCUGCCGGUACCUGUUGAACCAGCCAGUAAAGGACAUAGAGCGGCAACACCGGGUCCGCAUGGCGCUGGGUAACGGCCUGCGCCAGUCCAUCUGGGAGGAGUUCACCUCUCGCUUCAACGUGCCACAGAUAGCAGAGUUCUACGGAGCCACAGAGUGCAACUGCAGCCUGGGCAACUUCGGCAACAUGACGGGAGCGUGCGGGUUCAACAGCCAGAUCCUCCCCUUCAUCUACCCCAUCAGACUGGUGAAGGUGGACGAAGAGACUAUGGAGCUCAUUAGAGGGCCCGAUGGAGUCUGCAUCCCAUGCAAGCCUGGUGAGCCCGGCCAGUUGGUGGGCAGGAUAAUUCAGAAUGAUCCCCUGAGAAGGUUUGAUGGCUACGUGAACGAAGGAGCCACCACCAAGAAGAUCGCUAACAACGUCUUCAAGAAGGGAGACAGUGCCUAUCUGUCAGGCGAUGUCCUCAUCAUGGACCAGUAUGGUUACAUGUACUUUAAGGACCGUACUGGGGACACGUUCCGCUGGAAGGGAGAGAACGUGUCGACCACGGAAGUGGAGGGGACCUUGAGUCGUCUAUUGGACAUGAAGGACGUGGUGGUCUACGGAGUCGGGGUCCCAGGAGCCGAGGGGAAGGCUGGGAUGGCUGCCGUAGCAGAUCCAGAGAGGUCUACAGACCUGGAAAAGUUUGGGAAGGAUCUGGAGAAAGCCCUGCCGCCAUACGCACGGCCCGUCUUCCUACGCUUCCUCAACGAGGUCAACAAGACAGGCACCUAUAAGUUCCAGAAGACAGAGAUGCGGCGGGAGGGCUUUGACCCAAGCAUGACGUCAAACAAACUGUACUUCCUUGACCCCAGCAGGGGGCGCUAUGUGGAGCUGCACCAGGAGCUCUACAGCAGCAUCAUCUCAGGGAAGCAGAAACUGUAAAUGUGAGAUCUGAUCUGGUCACUCUUUGCCCCCCCCCCCCCCCCCCCAGCCAAUAUCCCUAAACCACCCCUAUCCACCCCCCCCCCCACACACAGAAACACCCCUAUACCUGAAGUCACUCUCCCUCCCCCCAGAAAAACUCUAACUCCCACAACCCCCCUCUCUGCUCUCUCUAAGCCCACGCCCCUCGUUACCUCAGCAACCAGAAAGGGGCAGCUGGGUCUCAUCUGGAACACAUGACAAGCCAAUCUGACACCAUAUCCCAUGAUACACCUAGAGCGACCUUUGCCCUUUGACCCCUGAGGCACUUCCUCCGACCCUUCACCCCCCCUACCCCAGAGCUUCACCUGACCUGGACCAAGAGGAGCGCUCGCUGGAAGGACGGAACUUGUUCGCUGAGAGGGGCAUGUGGCAUGUCUCCAGAAUGCAAAAACAUAAUAACUUACUCCAAAUCUAAAAAAAUACCUAGUUAGAGGAACAUGAACAUGGCACAAUGAAGGAACGUGAAUUGAACAAAGGAAACACUCCUAUUGGUCUGUCGGUUUGUCUGUCUAAUGUUGAUGAGGUCACUCCAUCUGAGGCCCGGCCUGCACCAUGCCCAGUCAGUGACCAGUGGCUUCUGUUGUGACACAAAAUGACAGAUUGGUUUUAGUGGUGUGGGGUCUGCCCAUCCAUGUUAGACAUACAGCCUCUAGGCUUGCUGUACUGUAUGUCAGUGGAGGGAGAUUCACAUGUGGUUGAAACUGGGAUCCAGCAUUGGCAGAUCAAUACUCAGCCAGCCAUAAGGUGAUCUGAGAAGAAGCUCUCUAUAAUAUUGAAAUAUGUCUGCAUUACACCAAAUAUAUUUAAUUUGUAGAGUAGUCUUUACGUAUUUCAAAAUAAACUAUGAUGUUUAACAUCAAGUUCCUAAUAAAAUGCUACUCAAAAUGCUAACCAUGUUAUGCUAUGGCCACGAUUGCGCUCGGCUUUCUCCUGACCCCCCCCCCCCCCCCCCCUCCUCUCCUUCUUCAACCAACCACCAGCCGCUGGAACACAUAACUCUCACAGUUUCAAACAUGAUUCUGAAAGUUCUGAAUCUGGGAUAGAAGAUUCUGAUUCUGAAAGGUUCUGAUUCUGGGGUAGAAGAUUCUGUUUCUGAAUGUUCUGAUAAGAUGGGGAGGGUUUCUGUCAGUAUUGUGCAGGUUGGGCCUAAAUGGUAUGGCAUAGUGGAUAUUUUAAAGCCGGACAAAGAGAGAGCUGAAUUGAAAAGCACCGACUUCUGUCUGUCUCUGUAGAGGUGUUGUUGAGGAUUUAAUAUGAGCAGUGUAACAUUCUGGUGCUGCAGAAGGAAUUCAACACUCUCUCAGACUCUGGUGCAGCAAACCAAACGAUCGAAAAGAGUUGAGAGGAAAGGGUAAAGAUCAUUCUCUUCGUCAUCGUCGUUUGUUCUUCUUCAUUCUUGUUUCAUCUUCUUCGCAGCAUGGAAUGAUCCACACAAACAGAGCACUGUGCCUUCACUGUGAGUUUACCAACUCAGAUUCACAGGCCCUGUCCCAUAACACCCUACUCCUUCACCCCUUACUCCCUUCUGUCCCAUAGUCUCUCCCCUCAGUCUCUCUCCCUACUCUCCCGUAGCACCCUAUUCCCUCAAUCUCUAUCCUUACUUAUUCAUUCAACUCUCCGUCAUGUUAUUCCCACCCCCCCACUCCCGUUAGGCACGUCUCCCACUAAGUACCUCACACUCUCAUCCCACCCAGACACUUCUGUUUUGAUCCUUGCUUCUCUUAUGGCUAGACAUUUUCUGUCACGCUGUUAUUUUUCUCAGAGCACAUAACGCACUAGUACUGUCUCCACUCCGACGAGUGUCAGUGUACGCUCUGUCUCCAUGUCCUCUCGAAACAAGCAAACAAAUCAGGAGCCUGUUUGGCAAGCCAAAUAUCCUGUCUGUGUGAAGUCGAUGGUGGAGGCCAGGGGAGAAUGACUCUCCUACCAAGCUGAGGAUCAUGGGUAGUGUAGUUUGCUAUCUAUCCCAGGUUCCUCCCCUUUGUCUCCUGUCUGGCGUGUCUCUGUCGUCUUACACGUGCACACCGGGAUGAUGAGGAAGAGGAAGUGAUGACAUUGCUCUCCAGCUCUAUCCAUCAUUUUGUGUAUUUAUUAUUAGUGAUGAUCGUUUUGUUGCUCACAAUGUUUAGAGGAAAAAUGUUCGAAGAAGGAAACAAUUAGACCAAUAAUUAUGUUAAAAAGAGGAAUAUAUACAUUUUGGGGGGUUAUAUAUGAGAAUGCUGCUUUGAUGUUUUUGAUCCUGGGGUGCCAUAGGAUAGUAUGACCACAAGGUGGCGCAUGACUGGGCAGCCCCAGAAGAAUCUGGAUGGGCAUUGGGCAAUAGUCUGAAGUGGUUUCCUCCCUUGUCUUCUUUCCUUCAUCUGCACUGAUAUGAAAGGAGUGGAGACAAGUGAAAAACAGCCAUAGUCGUAUUGCUUUCACCUAACCUGUUGUGUUGUUGUGUUAAAGGAGAGGAGACAAGGAGCGGGAUCUAUUUUACUAUUGAGAUGCACCUCCUGUCUGCAACCAGAUGUGUUUCCCACUUCCUUUUUUGGGGAAUUUAAAUUAUACAUUUUUUAAGUAUGAAUUAUUCCUUAUUUGAAUGUGCAUUGACUGUGUCAGAGCUAUGCGUUGCGUUUGUUUGUUUGUUAUUUUCUCUGUGUAAAAUCAAAGCUUUAAUGUAUCAGGAUUCUGGAAGUGAGUGAAGGGGCUCCACGAGUUUGUCUGCCUGUUAGACCGUUGACCAGCACCCAAACCUAUGACAGCCCCUGACCACUGGAGGGCGCCAAACUCCAGCCCUUCUAUACAGUCUGCUGUGCGGAGGCCCUCUCUUUUCAUACCUGUCCUGCAUUGGUCACAAUGUGACACACACACACAGAUGAAAGUCGAAGGAGAGUAUGGCAAUAUCAGAGUGUAUUGUUUGGAUCGCUACAGUACAACUGCUUAAGAUACAGGUUUAGUCCUACAUUCCACCAGAACUACAUUCCAUUCCAAUAUGUCUCUUGUCAAUCUGUCCCCAGUCAAUCAAUCAAUCAAAUGUAUUUACAAAGCCCUUUUUACAUCAGCAGAUGUCACAAAGUGAUGUAGAGAAACCCAGCCUAAAACCCCAAAAAGAAAGCGGUCUCGUCUCACAACUGUGCAGAGUUCCCUGAGUCUGGCGAGCAAGACUACUCUGUCCCCAGCAGAAUAAAAUAUGUGGAAACUUGAGAUUAGUAUGAAUAAUGCCCACGUGCUUACUUUACAAGCCAUUACAUCAAUACUGUUGCUUUGCACUGUAACUUUGAUGCCACUAUUUCUAAAGCCUUGUGGGCACGCAUGUACAGAGAAUAGGCCUAUCUAGUACCCACACAUCCCAAUUUCAGUGUUGUCUUUAGUACUGCUAUCUUAUUCCUGUGACACUGAAUAGAGAGACAUACUGAUAACCUGAUAACCUCAGAGAGUCUGUGACACUCACACAACAGUGUGAGUGUCACAGACUCUGAGGUGAUCAGUUUACUCUGUUUGGUGAUGUCCAGCAACAACUCCCUAGCUCCUAGGGAAGUUAUGUAGAACUUACUCACUAAGCAGUAAGAGGCUAGGAGUUGUUUCUGGACAGGGCAAAUGUGUCACAAACCAAUGGGAGGUAUUGUAAUGUGCGAGAGGGACAGGGUGUUGGUCAGGUCUUUAACCAGAGGGAGGCGCUGUUUCCCAGCAAAAUCAUCCUGGCUGCUGCCUACCAUACCAGUGAACCCUCAUUCCAUAGGAGUAAACAUUAUUAUUAUGUCCUACUAACAAACUGUAUCAAAGAAUGUCUGAUUUAUUUAUAAAAUAUAUUGUUGAAAUAUCAAUGUAUUGCUCUUCUAUAGUACUGGGUUACUGGGAUGAUGGAUAAUGAAUUAAACAGAUUGAUGAAUGGAAACUUACUUUGUUUACCUUGGUUGUAUAUUGUGUUGAAGUGACGAGUCUCAAAUGGUAAAUAAAUAAUGCUCUAUA